AUGAAAAUUAUGUCAAUUCAAUUGAAGUAAAUGAAGCAGUUUUUGAAGAUUGUAUAGGUAGAAAUAGAGUGGAUUGUCGAGUUUUUUCUUGGUUUUUUUUUUUGGAGAAAAAUCUGGGUCACGUUUUUAAUUUUCAGACAAUCGAAUGCGGACAAAGAGAACAAUUUCAUUUACCAUGAAAGAGUUCCGAAAGAAGAGGAAUUAAUUGAAGAAAUGAAAAAAGAUGGAGCAAUGUGUAAAACUAAGUCAUUAGCAUUCAAUCCAUUAGAUCGAUCGGUUUGUGGCGAUGAUAUAUUUGGAACACUUCUUCCACCGACGGUUUUGAAAUCUGUUAGUUUAUACGAGGAGAAGAAGGCGGAAUUGAAGCGAGGCGUUUUGCAAGAAGUUCAUCAUGCCAAUGAGGAAUUGGAGUGAGUUGGGGCAGUUUUUUGGCGCGAAAAAAUUCUUUAAAAUUAUCUGAAAAUCACAAAAACCUUCAUUUUUCGCCAAAUUCUCGAAUCAAAUUGAUAUAUUUGGGUUUCUAGGCCAUCUCGAAGCUUUCUAGGUCACAAAAAUCGUACAUUUGGGAUCAAAAUGGUAUAUUUGGGUUUCUAGGCCACUAAAAUGGUAUAUUUGGGUUUCUAGGCCAUCUCAAAGGUUUCUAGACCACAAAAAUCGUACAUUUGGGGAUUUAGGCCAUCUCGAAGGUUUCCAGGACAUCAAAAUUGUGAAUUCGAGUUUCUAGGUCACCAAAAUAUUAUAUUUGGGUUUCUAGGCCAUCAAAAUUGUGAAUAUGAGUUUCUAGGCCACCAAAAUGGUAUAUUUGGGUUCCUAGGCCAUCUCAAAGGUUUCUAGGCCACCAAAGUAGUAUGUUUGGGUUUCUAGGCCAUCUCAAAGAUUUCUAGGCCCCUAAAAUUGUGAAUUUGGUUUUUAGGCCAUGUCGAGUUUUUCUAGGCCAUAUUUGAAGCUGCUAAUUUUCAGAUAUUUUUUCAAGCCCUCAGAAACCAAUUUCCAGAAAAUUCCUGAACAAAGCUGGAUAUACGGAUCUUCGUUGGAUAUUAUCUGAAAAUGGAAAAGACAGUGAGCAAAUGUUUGCCUUACCUGAUAUGUUAUUGGAAAGAAAUGCUGAAUUGACUGCACAACCAGACGCAAUUCCAGCAUUGCUGGAAAAAUUGAGAGAAAGUUGUGAUACUUCACGUGUUGCUGAAGCCAAAUUGAAUACGCUGAUUGGGAAAUUGAGAUUGAUAGAUUUGCCAAGAUUGGUGAGAUUAUUUUUUUGAAAACAAAACAUUUUUUUAUCAAAAUAAAAUAAUCUUUUAGAAAAAUGACGAGGGAUAUAUUUUGAUAUCGAAAGAAUUGGAUAAAUUACACGAGCAUUUGACAAAUGCGAAAUCGAAUAAUGUUGCGUUGAAUAAAGCAAUCGCGGCACAUUCCUCGAAUUUGCAAAUUCUGAGUUCACCAUUGUCUGAAAUUCGCCAAAAACUUUUGCCGAAAAAAUCUGAAACUGCAACAAAAUCGAAAGAAGAGCAACAUUUGAAGAAAAUCAUUGAGAAAAUUGAGGAGAUGAGAAAUCAACGAGCAAAAUUGUUGGAUCAAUUGGAAGUUGAGCUAAAUCAGGAUGAUAUUUCGAAAGAACUCUUGGCUCAGCGAGAUUUUUCACAUGAAGAAAUAUUCAAGAAAGAGUUGAGUAAACAUGACGAGACUAUCAAAUAUUUUCGAUUGAAUUUGAUGGCUCAAGAGAAGAUUUUGCAUGCGUUCACUGAAGCGAACGCUGAUUUUUGUGACGAGAGAAUUGUUAUUAAUAAGAAUAGUGAGGAUUUCAAUAAACAGGUGAUGAUCUUGGUGACGGCUUAUGAUAUUUUCAAAGAUGUUUCGAAUAAAGUUGCGGAUGGUGAGAAGUUUUAUCGACAAUUGAUGCAGAGAUGUGAUCAGUUUGCUAUUCCGAUUCAUGCGAUGGAAGAUCAAUGUGAGUUGAGAUGCGGAAAGGUUUCGGGAUUGGAAAUUGAACUCUUUGGGACGUUUUCUGUUUAGAGAAGCGUAAAAUUCUACAAAAAUUCUGAAAAUUUCUAACAGGGACCUGUUUUUUGUCCAAAAAAUAAUAAAAUUUUUAAAAUUACAAAUUCUGGACCUUUUUCAAGAUAUUAAUUUAAAAAAUACCUUACCCGAUUUUUCGAGCACAGAAAAAUUCGGAAAAUUUCAGCAAAAGCUUGUUUCGUGUUCAGAAAACUGAAAAAUUUAGAAAAAAUCUAAAAUUUUGUAAAAUUUGGGAUAACCUGAAGAUUUUUGAGCACAUUUUCCCGGAAAAUUUCCGACACAGGCCGGUUUCCUGUUCAGAAAAUCAUAAAAUUUUGAAAAAAUUCAAAAAAUUUGGACCUUUUCGACGAUAUUACUAUCAAAAAUACCUUUCCGGAUUUUGCGGAAAAUUUUCAACACAACCCUUUUCUUUUCCAGUUCGUGCAGAAAUCGAUAAACGAGAAAGAGAAAAACGAGAAAUGGAAGAACGCAUGAACGCGGCAAAAAGACAACGAGAAGCGCGAGAAGCGUUGAAUGAUUUUGGUGCUCCAAUGCUCCCGGCUCAAAAUAAGAUGUAUGCUCCUCCUGGACCAGUUGAUUCCGGACAUCCAAGACUUCGCGAUUUUAUGGAUCAAUAUCGCAAUCGGUCGAAACUUGCGCCAAUACAAACUGAUCAAUCAACACAAGAUUAUUUGCCUGGACCACCAUCACCGACGCCAAGUAGUAUUAAUGAAUUUCCGAUCAGUCCGAGUAAGUUUUUGUGAGGGUAAUCCAAUUCUGAUUUAUUUUUCCAGGUGUCCGUGGAAGUCGCGCUGCAAGCAUCCGCGAUACACCAAUCCUAUCUUCUCAACACUCACCAAACCCUCAACAAUAUCUGUAUCUUCCUUCUCCACAACAACAACCACAAUAUCAUCCACCGCCAACUUCAUCUCCAUAUCAAAAUCAUCAAUUUCAACAUGUUCCAAACCCAAUUCAACCUUCUACUUCAAAUUCCUCUCUCUCCACUUAUUCACAACAACAAUAUUCACAACCUCCAGUGAAUUCGCCAGCAGCAUCUUUCAAUCAAAACCCACCGGCGAAUCCAAUCUCAAAUUAUCAUCAACAACCGACAUCACAUCAAUAUUCGCAUUAUCAACAGAUUCCACCAGUUCAAUUCCAACCAGCUCCUCCGAAUUAUUAUCCACCAACUUCACAACAUCAAAGUGUUCCGCAAUAUAAUUCUAAUUCUGUGCCGCCGCAGGUUCAAAAUCAGCAUAUCGCACCACCAACUUCUCAAUAUGCUCCGCAGUUUCAAACAGCGGCUCCUGUUGUAAACCAAUACAUCAAUCGGCCUCCGCAAAAUCCACCAAUGGCUCAGUUUGCUCCUGGAAAUCCAGCCCAAUUUGCCCCAGGAUCGGAAGUUGGAAAUCCUCGGGUUCCACAGCCACAGAUGUCUUCGGCAACAACCCAACCAACAUCGCAGUUCGCUCCGAUCAAUCAACAAAAUCCGACAAAUCCACCAGCUUCUCAAUUUGCUCCGAUCAAUCAAUCUUCACAGAUUCAAGCGCCAAAUAAUUCUGCAGUUCCACCAGCGUCUCAGUUUGCCCCUGGUAACCCACAACAAUUCCAGACAUCUAUGGCUUCUUCGACAAUCUCACAAGCAUCCCAAUUUGCAUCAGGAUCGGAAGUUACUGGUGCCCAGAUUCCACAACCAUCGAUGUCUUCUGCAACAACCCAACCAACAUCUCAAUUUGCUCCUGGUAAUCCAGCACAGUUUCAAACUCCAAAUCAUCCAACAGUUCCACCAGCGUCUCAAUUUGCUCCAACUCCAGCUCUGCCUGGUAAUCCAGCGCAGUUUCAAACAUCCCAAUUCGCCCCAGCAUUGGAAGUUAUUAAUCCCCAGAUUCCAAAGUCACCGAUGCCUUCUGCAACAAUCCAACCAACAUCGCAAUUCGCUCCUGGUAAUCCACAACAGUUCCACACAUCCCAAUUCACCGCAGCAUCGGAAGUUACUAAUCCCCAGAUUCCACCAACAUCUCAAUUCGCCCCAAUGAACCCAUCAUCUCCAUUUGUUCAACAACAACAACCAUCAACACCACUCGGAUUCUCAUCUCAACCACCAAAAUCCACAUCUCCAUUUCUUGCGAAUUCAAUUCAACCAAAUGCAUCUUCACCGUGGCAUAAUGCACCAAAACAAUUGCAAACUUCAGCUUGGCAUCAUCAACAAAAUCAGCAGCAACAACAGAAUCAACAAGCACAGAAUCAAAAAAAUAAUGUGGUAGGUUUUGGGGAAAUUUAGAGCAUUUUUAGCUCCCUAGGUUUCAUUUUUAAAAAAAAGCUUCAAGCUUCAGUUUUUUUUCGGAAAAAAAAAUUCAAAGCUUCCCAAAAGUUUCCAAUAAUGUCGUUUUGGGGAAAAAUUUUUUUUAAUUGUUUUUUUUUUUUGAAAAUUUGACACUUCGGAAUCUGCUAUAUUUUAUCCUUAAUAUUUUAAACCAGCUCUUCAAAAUGAGCAUUUUCUGGGUUUUUUUCACGGGAUUUAGAAUUUUUUCGAGAUCUCAUAAGAUUAGGCUUCAGAAAAUGAUGAUUUUUGAGGGAUUUUCCAAGUUUUUCAUGAAAUUUGGAGCAUUUUGAGCUCCCAUAAGCCUAAAAAAAUUCAGAAACUUCCCAGAAGCUUCUCCAAACCCCUAUUUUUCCAGGAUUUAUUGAGCGAUCUCCUGGGCGAUUUCAAUCUUCAACAACCCGCUCUUCAACCAUCUCAACAUCAAAAGCAAUCAAAUCCCGAUUUUUCUCAAACAACAAUCGCACAAAAACCAGCAGCCACUGUUUUCCCAAUGCAACAACAACAAUCGCUAAAUCUUCAAGAUUUAACAGACCCGAAAAAAUUCGAAAUCGGAGUUGGAAAUGCUCAAAAAAUUGGAAAAACGAAUGUUGCAUCAUAGCAUACGGUAGCCUUUUUUUGGACGAUUUUUAAAGCUUAAAAUUUUUAACAAACAAAAUUUUUCAGAUCGAAUGAACCGCUUCCGAAAAUUGAUCAAUCCGAUCCCCUCAAUCAAAUAAAUCCAUUCCAAAAUUUCCCAAAAUGA